UUCCCGAAGCUCCGCACACCACUUGACGUCUGGCGGGGGCGGUGGGUAAGGCAAAGCCGAGAUAUGUGCCGUGGCAAGUGCUGCAAAUGAUUAGCACCGACCCUUACGUCGCAGUGUAGCCAAGAAACAGCAAAGAACAAACAGAAAUCGUGCCAAGGCUGGUCUCCAUGGGGCUAUGAUGGAAAUGCGUAUACGCAGUGGACGUGUGGCUGCAUACGGUCCUCAGUUGGGUGUGUGACUUCUCUCCCAAGACGUAGGAGAGGAACAAUGGUUGGAAGUGUUUCAGGAAGCCUGCAUGUGUCGUGAGCUUCAUUGGGUACAGCGUUUCAGCUCUACAAGGUUGGCAUCGUUGUGAAAGUGGGUUAUACACGCAUCUGAUUAUCGCUAUCGCUACUUCGUACCUUAUCUACGUACUGUGGCACCACUCGAGAAGAUAGUACGAAGCAAAUGCGUGGUUUUCAUACGCACAGGCGCCCAGGCAUGUCUUACUUCCCUCAACUCUCGCUGGAGGAUCCCGGAAAGCAACGCACGGUGGAAAAUAUUCUCAGUCCGCUGUUGCUGUCGGCGCAAAAGAUAACGAAAAUUCGAGACAUCUUCAAAAAUGAACUUGAACUGGGUCUCCAGAAGAAUCCCAAGAGGGUGUCUUCUCUACAGAUGGAGCUUACCUACUUGCCAGAACUUCCCAACGGCACAGAGAAGGGCGAAUUUCUGGCACUGGACCUUGGUCCCACAAACGUUCGUGUGAUGCAUAUCUUGCUCGACGCGGAACCACAGUUUAAAGUAAAGUACUACACCGUACCGGAAGCCGUUCGUCUCGGUCAGGGCGAAAAGUUAUUUGACUACCUAGCAGAAUGCAUCCACGUUUUCUUGCAAGAGAACGAACUGCUCGCCAAGGAACUUCCACUAGGCUUUUGCUUCUCGUUUCCCAUGACUCAGAAGGCCCUCGACGUUGGACUCUUAGUCACGUGGACGACCAACUACAAUUGUUCGGGAGUCGUCGGAAAGGACGUGGUGCUCAUGCUCAAGGAAGCCGUCGCGAGGAGAGGCGACUUGAACAUCGAUAUCGUCGCCAUUGUGAACGACGCAACGGGAACAUUGGUCAAAGGAGCCUUCCUAGACCCUAACUGCGCGAUCGGCUUGAUACUCGGCACCGGGAGCAACGCCUGCUACCUGGAGAAGCUGGACAGGAUCGAAAAGUGGGAAGGAGAGCGGUGCGAUGAAGAAUCCGACGAGGUGGUGAUUGACAUCGAGUGGGGCGCAUUCGGUGAUAACGGCGUCCUCAACUUUAUCAAGACAGACUUCGAUAAGGCACUCGACGAGAACUCUCUCCUAGUAAACUCUUUCACUUUUGAAAAGUUAUUUUCGGGCAAACAUCUGGGCGAGCUGGUGAGGAUCGUCUUGGUGAAGCUAGUGAGGGAGAAAAUGCUGUUUGAGGGUCGCGCGUCCGAAACGAUUCUCACCGGGAGGAGCUUGAAAUCGGCAGAUAUAUCUCAGCUUGAAGGGGACGACGGGGAAAGUCGGGCACGAGAAAUUUUCGCUCGUCUGGGCUACAUCAAAGCGUCGGACGACGACAUCGCCAUCGCACGCUACGUAUGCGGAGUGGUAUCUGCUCGUGCAGCUCAACUGGUGUCCAUCUGCCUCGCCGUCCUCCUGGAGCGCAUGCAAAAGCCGACGGUGACCAUAGCCAUAGACGGGUCCGUUUACAAGCACCACCCACGGUUCCAUACGCUUAUGACGGAAUAUAUCUCGACCAUGGCACCAAACAGACCGUUCAAGCUGAUGUUGGCCGAAGACGGCAGUGGCAAGGGAGCAGGCCUUGUGGCAGCAGUGGCGGAUAGGCUUAGGAGAGCAGCGCAACGGCGGGCAUCUGCACAGCAAUGAACUGACAAACAAAAUGCCUUCCACUGUUUGUCCACCGGGCGGUCAGAUCUUGGAUAGGAACCCGGUCAAUCCACUUCUGCUCACAACUUCAAUUGAGAACUCAAAAGAGAUUUUCGUUCUGGCUGACGUAGGCAACCAUGCAUUCGAUGUACACAGCAAUAUAUAUGUACUUACGAGAAACC